AUGCAGACUGUCAAAUCCGGAGAUUCUGUUCUACUUGUGUGGUUCUCUACACACAGUACGAAUGAUAUAUCAGUUUUAGCUGAAAACCUACGAACUAGAGUCGGUGGAAGUGGUUGCGUUUUGCUAGAGAACGUCGAACGUGUCGCUUUAGCUAAUUAUGAAGAGUCGAGGUUUGAUGUGAUUGCGAGUGGCGUUUUGUCUCCCGCCUCGACGAUUCAUUCAACGGACCUGCUCGUCGAGUUUGCGCGGAUUUUGAGGCCCGGAGGUCGCUUGACGUUGAGGGAAGCGACGUGUAAUGUUGGAGAUGUGGUCAACAUGCGAACGGCGGAGAAACUCGUCUCCACAAUGAAGCUGAACGGAUACACGGAAGUGAACGAGGCAGCCGUUGUGACGUUGAGUGACGAGGAGCAUCGCAAGCUAAGAAGUGGCUUGUCAAGGACGUAUUCUCUUACAGAAAAUGAUCUACACGGUGUGAUGGUUGUUGAGGUCACAGCCAAGAAGCCGUCGUUUGAGGUCGGAGCAUCUUCACAACUCUCUCAUUUGUUUGUGAAGAAACAAGAACAAACGUCAAAGCUGGACCCGAAAACAGCUGCUGUGUGGACACUCUCGGCGAACGACAUGCAAGACGAGGACGUGGAACUGGUUGAUACGGAUGAUUUACUUGAGGAAGAGGAUCUGAGGAAACCUGAUCCCAACUCAUUGAGAAGUUCUUGUGGGACUAAAGCUGGAGCAAAGAAGGCGUGCAAAAACUGCACAUGCGGUCUCGCUGAUGAAUUGGCAGAAGAAAGAAACGGAAUGAAGCAGCCAAAGUCUAAAGCAGCAACAUCUGCAUGCGGAAACUGUUACCUUGGAGACGCAUUUCGAUGUUCCAGCUGUCCCUAUCUCGGCAUGCCAGCGUUCAAACCAGGCGAACAAGUGAAGUUGACAUCUCGCCAACUAGCAGGAGAUGUAUAGCACACCACACGCAUAUCAAACUUUCU